CAUUAGAGUCAAUAUGGCCGCAUUUCCUUUUCAGCUCAUAGGAUUGUUACUCCCAAACAUGUAAUGAGAAUAACAACAAGUGCAAGCACAUUUCAUUGAACGAUGGCUCACCAUGAACUUGUCGACAGUAUUCCUGCGUUCGAAGAGGAUUAUCGGCAUUCUGCAGUGCACAAUAUGGAUCCUAUUGACUUUAUCAAUGACGAUGAACCACUGGAUUCGUUAUUUUUUCACCGGGUGGAUUCUGACCAGAUUAUAUAUGAACCUCGACGCAGACGAGCCAAGUUGAUAGACAAAUACCUCAUGGGAGACAUGCUUGGGGAAGGGUCGUACGGGAAAGUAAAAGAAGUGCUUGACACACACACACUAUGUAGGAGGGCUGUGAAAAUCUUUAAGAAGAAGAAAUUACGGAAAAUCCCGAACGGGGAGCAGAAUGUGCAGAGAGAAAUCAUGCUUUUACGACGACUUCAUCACAAAAACAUCAUUGGUCUGGUGGAUGUGUUACAGAAUGAAGAAAAACAGAAACUGUACCUGGUUAUGGAAUAUUGUGUGGGUGAGCUGCAGGAAAUGCUGGAGAAAGCCCCAAAGAAGAAGCUCCCUUUGUGGCAAGCACAUAGGUACUUCUACCAAUUGAUGGAGGGCCUAGAGUACCUGCACAGUCAGGGAAUCAUACACAAGGACAUCAAGCCCGGGAACCUGCUGCUCACCACCGAUGAAACUCUGAAGAUCACAGACCUGGGUGUGGCAGAGAAAAUAGAUGUAUUUUCCAAAGAUGAUACUUGCAAGACAAGUCAAGGUUCGCCAGCAUUCCAACCCCCAGAGAUAGCUAAUGGUGAUGAUUCCUUCGCUGGCUUCAAGGUGGACGUGUGGUCGUCAGGGGUAACAUUGUACAACAUAACAACAGGAUUAUAUCCAUUUGAAGGUGACAAUAUCUAUAAACUGUUUGAGAAUAUUGGUAAAGGCCAGUACACAGUUCCUGACACCGUAGAUGAUAGUUUAAAGGAUCUUCUUAAUGGAAUGCUGGCGUACAAAGCCAGUGAUCGCUUCAGUAUAGCACAGAUAAGACAACACCAGUGGUUCAAGCGGAAACAUGCCAAGGUUGAGGAUCGUGUGUUUUUAUCUGCAUCUUCGGAUGGCGACUUAAUGAGGAGUAUGACUGUGGUGCCAUAUUUAGAGGAUCUCCACUUUGGUACACCAAGUGAGGAAGAAGAAGAUGAAGAACUGGAGAGUGCGGUGGCAGGCAAUCAUCAAGGUCAAGGGGCACUGAAUGACAAGCAGGAGGUGACAACAAGACAGACAGAGAACUCCAAGUCCAACUGUAAGCCAAAGAAAAGAAAGGGGAAGAGCUCUAGUAAAUUUGCAUUUGGAUCCUGCAAACAGUCGUGACAUCAGCUGUCUAACCUGGUUGUUCAUGUUAACUGCUUCUGUGACUUUGUUUAGCAUCGCUCAGCUCCAACUGCUGAUCAAGACAUCAAUGCUAGCAGUGUAAACUGAAUCUACAUUCAGUCCGAAGAUCCGCCUUUGACAUCAGUGCCAGCAGGAUAAAUCAAGCACAGUUCCAAACACUCAAACAUCAAUACUAGCUGGACAGACUGAAUUGAUGUUCAGUCCUAACACCUAUCUGUUAGCAGCAGUUGUAGCAGUGUACACUGAAUUGUCAUUCAGUCCUAAGACCUAGCUUUGGCUCACAUGCUAUCAGAAUAGAAUUACAACAGUCCUAAUAUUACUUUUAACAUCAUUGCUAGAAGGAUAGCCAGUGUCUAGCUUUAGAUUCAAUGCCUGGUGAUAAAAACCUGAUGAGACAUUGGCACCAGCAAGAUAGACCGAAUUUGCUGAAACAGCUGGAGGGCUUUACAUUAUGUCAUUGCUAGCAUUAUUGUAGGAAGAAAUACCUAGGGCACUGCAAAUUAAAAUCUUAAAUAUAUACUUGUAUCAAAUCAAAAGAUUUGACCACUAGUACGUUUUAGUCAGCAUAUGUCAAAGUUGGCAUUUUUGUUCAAGAGAUGUUGCCUCGUGGACCCAGUAUGUGUGUGUGCAAGAGAGAGAGAGAUAAGUGGAGAGAAAGAAAGUGAACAUAUCAGUAUGAUUUUAUGAUAUGUGAUAGAUAAAACUGAGGCUGAAUCUGUCUCUGAACCCACCAUGUUAUUGUGGAGAUGAUUGUACUGUGAUGAUCAGUGCUUGUAGGUCAGUGACUGGACUGAAUGUGAUAACAUGCCUCCUGGUAUAUACAAGAGCAUGCUGAGGGUAAGGUUGGUCAGUACCUCUCCAUGAUACUGUCAGCUAUUUGUGACUACUGGUGAUGCCACCAUGGGCAGAGUGUGUCGGACUGAUCAUGUGGAAUGUAAGGUUCCCUCUGAUGAUGGAGAUAUACUAAAUUCACCAAAUUGUUAUGUGAUGUCUCUCUUCAUAUUAUGAAAGUAACCGUCAACCAGACCAAAGGAGGUAACUGAUGUUAACUGAUAUUUGUUGCUCUGUUAGAUAUCCAAUCGUCAUGUUUAGGACGGAAAGGAUUGGAGCAGAAUAUUUUGGUCAUUGAGUUGUCAAAGAGAGAGGUCAAAGGCAGGAUGCCAGCAGAGCAGUAUGUCAGAACGACAUGUUCAGACGAGUGUCAUCGUUCGGGGUACAGCCACUGGACCUGUGAUGAAGAGCUAAUGGCAAGCUUGACUGAAGCUCAGAAUCAGAAUCAGAAUCAAAACAAAAGUCUGAAACACUUUGACGAAGGGAACACUGAAGUUUGUUGUCAAUAUGUUCUCCUAUGUUAAUGUUAAGGACAUAAGAUUGGGAAAUUUUAUUUAUGGACCAGUCUGUUUUAUGAAUGAAAUUAUAUCAUAAAUAUAUUUAAAACAAGUUA